AUGAAGUUCUACAUCGACGAUUUGCCCGUGCUCUUCCCGUACCCCAAGAUCUACCCGGAGCAGUAUGCCUACAUGAGCGACAUCAAGAAAACGCUAGAUGUCGGAGGCAACUGCAUUCUCGAGAUGCCUUCAGGAACAGGCAAGACGGUGUCGUUGCUCUCUCUAACGGUGGCCUACCAGAUGCAUUACCCGGAACACAGGAAGAUCGUGUACUGUUCUCGUACAAUGUCGGAGAUCGAGAAAGCGUUGAUCGAAUUGCAGAAACUCAUGGACUACAGAACUUCUCAGCUAGGCUACAAGGAGGACUUCCGUGGGUUGGGGCUCACGUCGAGAAAGAACUUGUGCUUGCACCCGCAGGUGUCGCAAGAGAGAAAGGGUGCAGUGGUGGAUGAAAAGUGCCGAAGGCUCACCAAUGGGCAGUUGAAGCUGAGGCUAGAAGGCGACGGGGUGUCGCAUGAGCAGAUGCUCCAGAACCCGGACCAGUACGGCUUGUGCUCGUACCACGAGAGGCUCUACGAUUUUGAUCAGCACGACUUGUUACCGCAGGGGGUGUUUUCGUUUGAGUCAUUGCUUGAAUAUUGCAAAAAAGAAGGCACAUGCCCGUAUUUCACCGUGAGAAGAAUGAUCUCUUUUUGUAAUGUGAUCAUCUACUCGUACCACUAUUUAUUGGACCCGAAAAUCGCUGAAAGGGUCUCGAAGGAGCUUUCCAAAGACAGCAUCAUCAUCUUUGACGAGGCUCACAAUAUAGAUAACGUUUGCAUCGAGUCGCUUUCGCUAUAUUUGACGGAUGAUACGAUGAAACGAGCGUCUCGUGGCGCCAACAAGCUAGCGGAAGCCGUGGAGGAGAUGAAGGCUCAGGAUAGCGAAAAGUUGCAGAAUGAAUACGAGAAGCUCGUCGAGGGGCUAAGACAGAACGAGAUUGCUCGAGAAGAAGACCUCUUCAUGGCCAACCCGGUUCUCCCGAAGGAUUUGCUUGAUGAGGCUAUUCCAGGCAAUAUAAGAAAAGCAGAGCAUUUUAUUUCGUUUCUAAAACGGUUCAUUGAGUACUUGAAAACCAGAAUGAAGGUUCUUCAUGUCAUCAGUGAGACACCUGUCUCAUUUCUACAGCAUCUUAAGGAACUUACAUUCAUUGAUAGAAAGCCUUUACGGUUUUGUUCAGAGCGCUUAUCGCUUUUGGUGAGAACCCUAGAGCUAGCUGAUGUCGAGGAUCUAAACGCUUUGAAGGAUAUCGCAACGUUUGCCACGUUGGUCUCCACGUACGAAACUGGCUUUCAGCUCAUUUUGGAACCGUUCGAAACCGAGGGUGCCACUGUACCCAACCCUAUUUUGCAUUUCACCUGCUUGGACGCAUCGAUUGCAAUCAAGCCCGUGUUCGACCGCUUUUCCUCCGUCAUCAUAACCUCGGGAACAAUCUCUCCAUUGGACAUGUACCCCAAAAUGAUGAAUUUCCAAACCGUAAUCCAGGAGUCUUACACGAUGACGUUGGCCAGAAGGUCGUUCUUGCCAAUGAUCGUGACAAAGGGAUCGGACCAGGUGUCUAUCUCUUCACGAUUUGAGAUAAGAAACGAUCCAUCGGUUGUGCGUAACUAUGGUUCGUUGCUCAUUGAGUUUUCAAAGAUCACGCCUGACGGAAUGGUUGUUUUCUUCCCUUCGUAUCUUUAUAUGGAGUCUAUCAUCUCCAUGUGGCAGGGUAUGGGUGUUCUAGAUGAGGUGUGGAAGUACAAGUUGAUUCUCGUGGAGACGCCUGAUGCCCAAGAAACAUCAUUGGCGUUGGAGACAUACCGCAAAGCGUGCUCUAACGGGCGUGGAGCUGUUCUUCUCUCUGUGGCUCGAGGAAAAGUGUCGGAAGGUAUCGAUUUUGAUCACCACUACGGUCGCACAGUGCUCAUGAUUGGUAUUCCUUUCCAGUACACCGAAUCUAGAAUCUUGAAAGCACGUCUCGAGUUCAUGAGAGACCAUUUCCAGAUCAAGGAAAACGACUUUCUCUCUUUCGACGCCAUGAGACAUGCAGCCCAAUGUUUGGGUCGAGUCCUUCGUGGUAAGGACGACUACGGUAUCAUGGUUCUAGCAGACCGAAGAUUUGCCAGAAAGAAAAAUCAGCUUCCCAAGUGGAUUGCUCAAGCCUUGUUGGACUCGGACACGAAUCUUUCCACAGAUAUGGCCCUAGCCAAUGCAAAGAAGUUCUUGCGGUCGUUGGCGCAGCCUACUAAUGCUAAAGAUGCAGAGGGGGUGUCGGUGUGGGACAUCCACCAAUUGGAGGAACACCAGAGACAGCAGAAGAAGAAGAUGGAUAAAAAGAUAGAUGUUGAAGACGAAGUGGCCGAGAAUGGACAAGAAGAUGAUUUUAUGGACCUUGACGAAGCCGACCUUGAGCUUCUUUGA